AUGGCUACAACAGCUGGAAACCAUUUGGCGGCAUUUGUCAAACUGGCCCCGUCAGUCUAUCUCCAAGACUCGCCCAGCCCAGGCGAGAAGGCUGAUCGGCCGGUAAUAUUCCUUGCUUUUUGGAUGAAUGCACCCCCGCGCGCCCUAGCGAAAUACGUAGUCGAGUACAGACGGCUAGUACCAUCAGCGCGAAUCAUCUUCGUCAGAAGCUCGUCAAAUGACUUCAUAUCCCUGAGGACCCAGACCCGCAGAGCCCGCCUCAUCCCUGCCGUGGACGCAAUGCGCGGUCUAGUGACACUUAAGAAUCCAGUUUUUGUGCACUUCUUCUCGAAUGGAGGCAUGUCGAGCACGGCAAGCCUAUUGCAAGCCUGGAAGAAUGCGACGGGAGCCCCAUUGCCUGUGUCCGCAAUAAUCCUAGAUAGCGCACCGGGCAGUCCAAGCCUACGAGCGGGGCUCAAGGCUUUCUCCUUUGCACUUCCGCGGACAUGGUUAUUGCAGCUACUUGGCAAGAGCUUGCUUUUUGUUUGCUUGGUUCUCUUCAAGUUGAUCCAUUUCUUUUCCAUGUUUCCGGAACCUAUCUCCCUUGCCCGAAAGCUCAUCAAUGAUACCUCUUUGGUGCAAGCGGCUAAUCCGGACGAAAAUCUCCGUCGUUGCUAUAUCUACUCAGAUACGGAUGAUUUGGUGGACUACCGUGAUGUGGAAUCUCAUGCGGUACACACCGAGGCUGAGGGUUGGGCGGUGCGCCGUGAACUGUUCAAGAACUCCCCUCACGUUGGACAUAUGAGAGCCGAGCCCGAUAGGUAUUGGGGCAUUGUUAGAGAGUACUUGGGUGCUUUGGUAUUGGUAUAA